GGGGCCGGGCGGCCGGAGCUCGGGUGCGGGGAGGCGGUAGCAGCAGCAGCAUGAAUGAAGCGGAGGGCCUGCGGCAGCGCCGGCCUCUCCGCCCGCAGGUCAUCACCGAGGACAGCCAGGCACAGGAGGCCAAGGAGGGCAGCGCUUACAGCAGCAAGGUGUUUCGUGUUACCUUCUUGACUUUGGCUGCAUCUCUAACUGUGCCCCUGCUUGGAGUCACUGUUCUACUGGAUUCUCCUAUAGACCCUCAACCUAUAAGUUUGAAGGAACCUCCCCUCCUGACGGGUGUGUUGGAGCCCAAUAUCAAAUUACGAAAAGCUGAGCGGUUAUGGGAAAAUCAGCUGGUUGGACCAGAGUCCAUUGUCAAUAUUGGGGAUGUGCUAUUUACUGGGACAGCUGAUGGGAAGAUUAUCAAAAUUGAAGAUGGGGAAAUACAAACAAUAGCCAGAAUUGGCCAUGGUCCUUGUGGAACCCGUGAAGAUGAACCAAUGUGUGGAAGACCACUUGGCAUCAGAGUGGGGCCAAAUAACACCCUGUUUGUGGCAGAUGCUUAUUAUGGACUCUAUGAAGUUAAUCCUGGUACAGGUGAAACAAAAAUGCUCGUAUCAACCAAAACACCAGUUGAAGGUCAGCAGUUGUCAUUUGUGAAUGAUCUUACAGUGACCCGGGAUGGGAGGAAAAUCUACUUCACAGACUCCAGUAGCAAAUGGCAAAGACGGGACUACUUAUUCUUGAUCAUGGAAGGCACAGAUGAUGGGCGCUUGCUGGAAUAUGACACUGUAACAAAAGAAGUAAAAGUCUUAAUGGUGGGGCUGAGGUUUCCCAAUGGUGUCCAGCUUUCUCCUGCAGAAGACUUUGUCCUGGUGCAGGAGACAACCAUGGCUAGAAUCAGGAGGUAUUAUGUGUCUGGGCUCAUGAAAGGUGGAGCAGAUAUGUUUGUUGAGAAUAUGCCUGGUCUUCCAGACAAUAUCAGAUUAAGCAGCUCUGGAGGAUAUUGGGUAGCUAUGGCAGUUGUCCGUCCCAACCCUGGAUUUUCUUUGUUGGAUUUCUUGUCUGAAAAACCAUGGAUUAAAAGGAUGAUAUUUAAGUUGCUGAGCCAAGAGACUGUGACAAAGUUUGUGCCCAAAUACAGCCUUGUUGUUGAACUUACUGAGACAGGAUCCUACAGAAGAAGCUUUCAUGAUCCCAGUGGAGUGAUGGCUCCUUAUGUUAGUGAGGCACACGAGCACGAUGGAUAUCUCUACCUGGGCUCCUUCCGGUCUCCGUUUAUCUGUAGACUUAAUCUUCAGCAUGUUUAACUGUCCAUCCAUGAUAAAGUGCCACUGUCCUAUAAUAAUCCAGAGGUACAAAGGAAGCAUAUGUUUGAGGCAGUGUGUGACCAGGUACAAAAUGUGAAAGACAAUCUGUAGCACUGAUCUGUUGCCGUAGGAAAACAUACAUCUUCCUUGGUUUAACUGCUCUUGCUUUGGAGUUGGUGUGCAUAAUGAUUAAUAUCUGAGGAGUAUGGUGGAGCAUCUUUGUGUGGUUAGGGGUUCCUUAAAGAAAAUUCAUUGCUUUUUCAUGCCCAGGCCUGUUUGGAGUCAUCUUAAACGGACAUCAUCUGUCACCUUUAAUGCAACUGUAUGUCUUACUACAUUGGGAGGAUUUGUGAUGUGUGAAAUUUAAUUGUGUAUGAUUGGGGUUGAAGAUGAUGUCUUGCAUGUGUUUGUUUCUGGUUUAGAGCUUCCUGUUUAGGAAAGAUUACAGUGCAUGUUCUAAUGUCAUACCAUGGUGCUGUGGUAGAGGCAGUAACAUCCAGAACAUGCCUAGAAAUCUAGUUACAUCCAUUGGGUUUCUUCAGUUACAGCCUGUGUAAUCAACAUUAGACACUACAAUUAAUUGUUAAUCAACAUGCAAAACCAAAUUUUAUCAUUAUCUGUGGACUCCUGUGUUUCUUUAUAGCAUUGUAGUCAGAUGAUGAAUGAAAGUUACAUUUUCUUUGUUAUUAAAGACUAGUUCCAGCAGGUUUAAAAA